AUGGCGUCGGCUCCGGCGCCGGCCCUGCCAGAGUGGAAGCUGCAGCUGCUGGAGAGGAAGCGGAAGGAAGAGGAAGAGGCGCGGCGCAGAGAGCGGGAGCAGCAGGACCGCAUGGCCAAGAUGCCAGCCUGGAAGCGGGAGAUCAUCGAACGCCGCCGCGCCAAGCAGGGCUCCGGCACCUCCUUCUCGGACCCGGAGGGCGGUGGCGGCGGAGCAGGGCCCCCCUUGGCUGUGGCGGGGCCGCCCGGCCCCGAGAUGGGCCAGAAGGAGAGCACCGUGCUGCAGGAGAAGAUUGGCCCGGUGCACCAGAACCCCUUCAUCCAGCUGGAGAAGAGGCGCAAGGAGACGGCGGCGCCGGAGGCCGAGGCGGCCAGCGCCAAGGCCAAGCAGUUGAUGGAGCUGUACGGCCAGCGCCCUGGGGUGAGGACCCUACGGGCCGACAACGUCAUCAUCAUUGAGUCGGUGCCGGGAGCAGCGCCGCUGGGGGCCGAGCGGCAGGGGGAGGCCAAAUCCGGCAGCGUGGAAUCCCUGAACGAGCUGCUGGCCCGGCGCGGCGGGAGCGUGACCGAGAUCCGGGCCGGCGAAGUCUUCAUCGUCAAAUCGGCCCUCAGCCGCAGCGUGGAAGACCUCAACUCCUUCGGCCAAAGCCGCGGCGAGGCCGAUUGCCGGCCGGGGCUCCCGGAGCAACGCCGCGGGCGUGUCAGCAAGCUGCUAAGCCGCUUCGGCCAGGAGGACCCACCCCCGCGACCGCUCAGGUCCCUCAGCACCGAGAACCUCGCCGAUGGUUCCUACGAACGCCCCCUGGCAGCAAGGAAACCGCCCGGCUCGGCCCAGCACCGUAGUGGCACACCCAGCCCUCCCCGUGACCUGCCGGGUCUGACCCCCUCGCCGCCUCCCUUCACCGUGGCUUCCUACCUCAGCCAGUUGGAAGCCAGGUCCGAGGCCUGGCCAGAGAGCCCACCGCGGCGCUCGCCCACCAGCAAAGCAUGGGGCAGGGAGGCCGCCUCGCCAGAGAGGGGAGCCAGGCAUGAUGGUGGCAGCCCUGGCACAAUGGUGCCGGGCCCUCGGAGCAGGGAGGCCAAUUCACCGGACAGGGGAGCCUGGCACUGUGGAAGCACAUUGGCCGUGGUGCCAGGGCCUCAAGGCACAGAGGCCGCCUCGCCAGAGACGGGAACUAGGGGUGAUGGCAGUGCCAUGGCGCCAGGACCGCGAGGCAGGGAAGCCGCCUCACCGGAAAGGGGAGCCAGGCCUGGUGGCGGUGCAUUGGCGGUGGGGCCAGGCCUACAAGCCAGAGAAGCCGCCUCACCGGAGAGGGGAGCCAGGCCUGGUGGUGGUGCAUUGGCGGUGGGGCCGGGCCUACAAGCCAGAGAAGCUGCCUCACCGGAGAGGGGAGCCAGGCUUGGUGGCGGUGCAUUGGUGUUGGGGCCGGGCCUACAAGCCAGAGAAGCCGCCUCACCGGAGAGGCGUGACGGUGGUGGCGGUGGCUCAGGUGCGGUGAUACUGGGCCUGCUGGGCAGAGACGUCACCUCUCUGGACAGGGGUGGCAGGGGGGACAAUGGAGACGCAUCAGCCUCAGGCCUGCCCGUCGACACCAUAUUGGAUGCCGAGGCCCAGGCCAAAGCCGUGGCCAGCCUGCGCCUCCAUUCGCGCAACUCCUUCGUGGUGGUGCCGCGCCGGGCGGCCGCCUCCCCUCCCCCAGACCCCGGCGAGGCUCGGCAGGAAACCAGCACUUCUCCUCCAAAGGCUGCCGCUGCUCCGGCCUCCACUUCCUCCUCCUCCUCCCCCAGCCGUGAGCAGCUUCCCCUCCCGGCCAGCGCCGAGGAGCCGGCCGAGGGGGAGGCCAUGAGGCGCGGGGGCCGGGGGCCCCGGGAGCUGGGGGGCCCCUCCGCCCUGCCCCACCCGGCCGUGCAGCGCCGGAGCGGCAACACCAUCACCAUCAAUCCCCGCAAGGCGCCAGUGCCAGCCGUGGAGAACGGCGUUGAGGGCGAGGGGGGCCCUGCGGUGCCCGAGAAGGCGGCCGGCGCCCCACUGAAGAAGCGCUACCCCACGGCGGAGGAGAUCCAGGUGAUCGGGGGCUACCUGUCCCUGUCGAAAUCCUGCCUGGCCAAGAACGACCCCCACCGCAAAAAGUUGAAGAUCUCGUUCAGCGAGAGCCAGCUGGAGCGCACCUUCCAGUACCCAUCCGAGGGGUCCCUGCUGGAGGAGUUUGGGCCCCCCGAGGAGUCGGACGCGCCGGCCUGUGCCAACCCCCACGGGGAGGACGACGAGGAAGAGGAGGAGCUGCUGCUUCUCCAUCGUGGCCUGCCGGGUGUGCUCAGGACCAAAUCCCUCAUCGUGGAUGAAUCCUGCAGGCGGUAACCCCGCAGAACCCCCCCUCAUGGUGGGGGGACGGGGCGGGUACAGAAGGUGCCCUGCCACGACUGGGUCCCGACCGGCCCCUUCUCUUUCGUCUUCCAGUAAAAUCCCAGCAAGAACAAGGACUGGAGGGAGGUUGGCUCCAGUCCCCCUGGCUGUGGCUAGGCCAGAGCAGCCACCCUCCCGUUUGACUGCUCCCCUAAGGUCCAGCAGGGGGGAUGAGACCAACAGAAAAACAGCAUCGAGAGAGCCUUCAGGAACAAACCCACUGC